UCAAGGGUGCUUUUCCCCUCCAUUAUAGUCCUGGCAGCUAGGUUGGAGCGGGUCAGCCGGCAAAAGGAGCGGGUAGUCGACUACUCACGCCGCUUACCCGGGCUAGUUUCGGCGUACGCCGGUUUCUAUUAUAAGUGAGCACACUUGAAAGAGCGCCGUGUGAUGGUGUCAUCAAAUCGGGCGCUGUUUUUCAACGUUUCCACGUUCCUCCUCCAAUCAGAGAAUAGGCGACUAUAUUGUAGACAAGAGGCGCUAUUUAAUUAUAUUCCAUUAAUCUCUCUCUCUCUCUCUCUCCCCCCCCCCUCUCUCUCUCAAAGAGAAACACAAACUCUCAAACACAAUGGAAAUUAUUUCUCCUAAAUUGUCUGAUCUGUCUGUCACCACGCACUCAUACAGGGAGACAGAAGGGAGAGAGAGCAAGUUCAUCAAUAUUUAAUUAUCCAUCGCUGUCUUGCAGGAUGCAGGUGAUGACUGGACUCCCAAAAAAGAUCCUGUUGAAUCUCCUCAUGAUAGUAGAUAGUAAUCGAGUUUUGCUUUUUGCAAAUAUCAAUAUUAUGAAGCCUUUUGUGGAUUAUACGUGAAGGAAGAACGUGCAUAUAGCAAAAGAUAAAUAGAAAUAGCCUUAUAUACUUAGAAAAGAAAGAAGAAAAUCCGGGCCUAACAAUGUGCAGUCUCAAUAUAUUUAGUUUUGUGAAAGUAUUGGGCUAUGAGGCGUAAAACGUGAAUAUGGAAUUAGGAAUAGGCUAUUUAAUUAAAGGCCUAUUGUAGGCUAGUAUAGGAAGGUUACCCCUUAACUCUACGUAAAUCUGAAAUUUGUAGGUAGAAAAAAAGCAGUAGCCUAUACGUGUGAAUAUAGAAUAAAUGGACGAAAAGUUGAAAAAAAUUAGGGGGAGUGGGGUGGGGGUAAUAACAGCUAUAACAGGCUAUAUAUUACUGAAUUUUCUUUUGGGGGCUGCCUGCCCAUUUGCCCACGCAAAUAGGAGUUUAAUUGAUCCGCGUCGUUUUUCGCUUCUCGGCGCUCACUCCCGUCCCACGGCAGGGCGAUGAGGCUGACUGAAAAGCGUCUCCUCCGCUGUUGAUACAAGCCAAUGUCAGUUGUAAUUUCCACUGUCAACAGCUGCCUACAACCAGAGACCUAACAACAUGAAUUUGGCAUUUCUUGCUUUAACAAGCGCGCUUUUGGUUGCGAACAGCGGCUACUGUUAUUCCAGCAGCGUCCCUUCAUUCAUCCUGCCGUUUAAUGACUGCGUCCAGAGCCGUGGGAAAGACGCCUUCUAUCGGGGUGCGAUAGACGUCACCGAGUCCGGCGCCCGGUGCAUGAACUGGACCGAAGUAGCCGGCUUCAAGGAGCGCUACCCGGAUAAAGGAAUAGGAGAGCACAAUCACUGUCGCAACCCGGACGGCAGGAUCCGACCCUGGUGCUUUUUUAGAAACCACAGAGGCAGAGUGGACUGGGGGUACUGCGACUGUAAACAAGGUUCAGUACGUCUGCAUGGAGGCCGCUCCAAGCUCGAUGGCAGGGUGGAAGUCUACCUGGGAGGGGUGUGGGGGUCUGUGUGUAGUGAUGGCUGGGAGGACGAAGACGCUGCAGUGGUUUGCAGACAGCUGGGCAAGGGGAUCUCAGGUCAUGCACGUGCAGUUCCUCUGUUUCGUCCGGGCAUGGCCAAGCUCCACUGGAGGUCGGUCCACUGCCAGGGAGAAGAGCCAGACCUCCUUCAGUGUCCCAAGACUCUCUGGAAUGGAGGGGAGUGCUCUCUGGCUGCAGCUGUUACCUGCACCCAGCAGAAAGCGGCAGUGAUGCUCCCUAUACGGCUGGUAGGAGGUCGAUUGGGGUCGGAGGGCACAGUUGAGGUCUUCCAUGCGGGGCAGUGGGGUUCCGUAUGUGAUGACCAAUGGGACGAUAGUGAUGCAGAGGUGGUGUGUCGACAGCUGGGGUUGAGUGGUGUGGCGAAGGCAUGGGGCCAGGCGCAUUUUGGCAAGGGCUCAGGCCGUGUGUGGCUGGACGAGGUGCGCUGCACAGGCAAUGAGCUCACACUGGAGCAGUGUCCAAAAAGUGCCUGGGGGGAACACAACUGUGUGCACUCUGAGGAUGCAGGAGUGUCCUGCAAUACUCUUACAGACGGUGCUGUUAGGUUGGUAGGGGGUGCAGAGAGCUAUGAGGGACGUGUAGAAGUCUUCUACCGUGGUCAGUGGGGGACAGUGUGUGAUGACGGCUGGACAGACUCCAACACACAAGUAGUGUGCCGCCAACUUGGUUACAGGUUAGGUGAGACUCUUGUUUCUGAAGGGUUAGACAUCACCCCAGUCCCACGCUUUGGAGUGGGGUCAGGUCCCAUUCUUUUGGAUGAUGUAAGCUGCACAGGGAAAGAGCCUAGCCUAUUGCUGUGCAACAAGAGGGAGUGGCUCCGUCAUGACUGCACACAUAAUGAAGACGUUAACAUCGCAUGCAGCCCUGAGCGCAAUGGGGACAGUCUUCCAACUAGUGUGCCAGUGAGGCUUGUGGGAGGAGAGAGCCCCAGGGAAGGCAGGGUGGAGCUCUAUCUGUCUGGUCAAUGGGGGACAGUGUGUGAUGAUGGAUGGACUGAUCGUGACGCCGAGGUGGUGUGUCGACAGUUGGGAUACAGUGGGGUGGCAAAAGCCCGUGUGAUGGCAUACUUCGGGGAAGGGACUGGACCCAUCCACAUAGACAACGUGAAGUGCAGCGGCGAGGAGCGCUCUUUAGCUGACUGCAUCAAACAGGCACCCGGCACACACAACUGUCGCCACAGUGAGGACGCUGGGGUCAUCUGUGACUAUGGUGAAUCCCAGCCCCGCUAUAAAGCGGUCAAAGAUCCUGUCAACUCAAUUUGUGGUCUUCGGCUCAUACACACUCGCCAGCGCCGAAUCAUAGGGGGAGAAAACUCUCUGAGGGGUGGCUGGCCAUGGCAAGCUGCGAUUCGUUUGCGAGGAUCUCGAGGAGACGGGAGGUUGGUGUGCGGAGCGACUCUAAUUGACACCUGCUGGGUUCUGACCUCGGCACACUGCUUCAAGAGGUAUGGAAACAGCACCAAGCAGUAUAAAGUCAGAGUGGGCGACUACCACUCCCUCGUCCCCGAGGAAUACGAAGAGGAGUAUGGUGUUGAUCAGAUUGUCCUCCAUCCAAGUUACCAUUCCCAUAGCAAUGAUUACGACCUGGCCUUGGUUCAUCUGUCACCGGGGGCAGUGGGCCAGAUGCCGGGAGAGUGUGUGUCAUUCAGCCGUCAUGUCCUUCCCGCCUGUCUGCCCAUGAGGAAAGAGCGAGUGGUCAAACAAGCCAGUAACUGUCACAUUACCGGCUGGGGUGACACAGGCCGUUCGUACUCCAAGACCCUACAGCAGGCCCCCCUCUCCCUUCUUCCCCGUCGUAUUUGCCAGCAGCAUUUCCACGGAGCUUUCACAAGCCGCAUGCUCUGUGCCGGCAGCAUUCAGGCCGAGAGGCGUGUGGACAGUUGCCGUGGUGACAGUGGAGGUCCAUUGGUGUGUGAGCGACCAGGAGGGGGUUGGGUGGUUUAUGGGGUCACGUCCUGGGGUCAUGCCUGCCGGACACAACAGUCCCCUGGUGUGUACACCAAAGUCUCUGCCUUCAGCUCCUGGAUACACAAAGUGAUCGGACGUGAUGACAGAAAAGACAAAAGGCGAUGAAAGGUGAAUGAUGAACUAAAAUAACUGACCUCUCAAUCAGAAAGAAUGACUCUCAAGACUUACUUGAUCGGGCAGGUGAUACAACAAUGUAUUUCAGUCAUGAAUAGUUGAUGCCAAUUAUUUGUUGAUGUAAUUUGUAACCUGACUUUCAAAUGGAGACAAUAAGGCAAUGCUGGACUUUUUCUCCUGGAAAUGUUUUAUAUUUUUUGGAGAGAGAAAGGCAUGACUUCUUUCUCAUGUAAGUCGUUAGCACUUAUUUUAACGAUUUAAUAUUCUCAUGAUCUGCAAGACUUUGGAUGGUGUUAAAUCUCAACUCAGAAUAUGUCGUACCUUACAUCUUUUUGUUGCUUGUUGUGAUAUUUCAUACUACACUAAAUGUCUUUUUUCUGUGCUUGCUUCUUCUUAUAAAGGUAUUGUAUUGUAAUUUAUGAUAUGAAAUAUGUGAGUAAGAAUGGUGAAAAGGGACCACCAGCAUACAGUAUACAUGCAUGCACUCUUGCAAACACAGUAAGUGAUGUCAUGAUAUGAAUUUGAAGAACCCCCAUUAGGUACUUAAUGCAUGAUAUUCAUUGCCUUUGUAUUAAGCAUUCUAGUCAUAUUGACAUUUGCCAAAGUUAAAUGCCUCGUCACCUCAUUUCAUUCUUAUUUAUGUUAAGUUUCUCCACUGUGCUCCUUGUUUUACUUUAUGUAAAAACAGAUUUCAGGUCUUAGUAAUAACUCAGGCAUUUAAAAUGUCCAGUCAGUAUUUGUCCUUGUCUUAGUGCUGCUCGACAUUAAGGAAGGGACUAAAAUGUUUGUGAAUCAAAGCACAUAACAGUAUUUUCAUGUGUUGAUUUGUCAUAUCGACAUUCUGUUAGUUCAUGUUAUUCUAUCCUGGUAGGAGAGUUCAGUGUUGUCAUUGUUUUCACAACACUGAACAGAGACAAUCUGGUACACUUGAAAGAAAAAAAAGAAGAAAAAAAAACAGACACUACACUGCCUUCUUAUUUGGUGUUUACUGAUUAUAUGUUGUUUCAAUGUACUGUAACAUUUCUCCAUAAACUGAGAUUUUGUAAAAAAAAAAAAAAAAAAAAAAAAAGUCUGAGUUUGAUAUGUGUUUAAUUGAUAUACUUUGAAUAUCUGGCCUGAAUAAUCUGCUUUUGUUAAAGAUCUUGGUGUUGUGUACUUCCUCAGUGGUUGUUGCACUUUACGUAUGUUACACAGCACAGUACUGAAAAGUAACAGCUGCUAGAACAACAGAGCUCUAUCAGGUCUGUUUCUGACUGCAAAUUGAGAAAGUGAGCACCACCGUGUCAGACAAUGUGUAUGCACACACACCCACACACAGUGUCGCUGGUAUGUCACGCCAUGUCUAUAGGAAUGGAAGCCAUUUUAUGAGUCCAUUACAAGUCAAACACGUCAUGUUGACUCAACAUACAUUUAAAAACAGGGACCAACUGUUACAGUGAGAAGCUGCAUGAAAGCUUUGAACAUAAAUAAGAAUAUUAUCGUAUCUGCAGCACUUGGUAUUUCUUGUUGUGCUUCAAAAGUCAAGUGCAGUUAUUAAAUUGUUGGAAAAUUAUGGUUAUAACUUGUUUGUUAUAAGCACAAUACUCUCUUGACAAUAAAUAUACUGGUAGGGUAGCCUUUCAGUUUUCAUAUUUUGCAAAAGAGCAACAUCUUCUGGUUACCCCAUCACAUGAAAAUGUGUUCUACAAUUCUGAAAAGAUGGCAGUGAAAUGUGACAUUUUGUUCUCCAAAUGGUCCUUGUUGCUGUAUAAUCGUAACUGAUUGUAUGUAUUUCCCUCCUACGCAAGAGAAUUUAAAUAAAAGACCUUCACUAUCACUAUCACUAUAAAUAAUCUUUAAAAAGACACAACAGAGAAUACAUAACUACAGUUUUUAUAAGUUCUUAUUGUAGAUAAACACAUUUGAAAUUCAAAUGCACAGUAAACCACAAGCCAAGACAUUUGCUCAAAUGAAAAAGCAAUAUAAAAGAGCAGCAUUGUCUGGCUCUGGAUGUGGUAAUUAAUGCAAUUUUUAUGAGAAAUGUUGCCACUGACAAUGUCUGCAUGCAUUACUGUCUUUGUAUCUGAACAUUUCUUCUUCCUCCUUCGUAGACUUUUUUUUUGCAUUGUAUUUUGUAUCAUGUGUGUCAAACA